AUGUCGCAAUUACAUCAUUAUUUUUUCUGUCCAUGCUGUACCGUCCCAAACGUUUUUCAUCAUUAUCCCGCAUUAUUUGCUCAUAUUCGCGAUGAACAUCGUGAUGAACCAUUCUUCAGUAUUCGAUGCGAGCUGAGUGUAUCGUGUGGUUCGCGUUAUUCAUCUUUUGAGAGCUAUCGAUGUCAUAUUUACCGUUCCCAUCGCACUCUUAUUGAAUCUUUUGAUAACAGCGAAGUUUUUGGUCAUAUUGAUGACCUUUUUUCUGGUUUGAUUUUCAAUGAUGAACUACAAGGUGCUGAUCAUCCUGAGUCGUGCAUUUAUCCAGAUGAAGAACCCGAUGAAACAGAUUGUUUAUUUUCUAAUUUUGAUUUUACUUCCGUUUCAUCCAAUGAUCACGAAAACGAUACUGAUCAGCUUGUACGAUUUUAUACUUUUUUUUUACUUCAACUGAGAGAACAGCACCUUCUUCCACAAAAGGUUGUGCAAAUCAUUUCGUCUAAUAUUUGCAAAUUACUUGAUAUGAUUAUAAAAGUCAUGAAGGCAAAAUCAGCAUCAUUUACUUCCAUUACUGAUUGCGAAUCUAUAGUCGAUCAUAUCACCUCGAUGAUCAACUCAAUCAGUAAAAACGAAUAUCAAUUCGUCAAACAAUGCAAAAAAUAUUUCGACUACCAGGCUCCCACUGAAAUUAUUUUAGAUUCAAAUGAUAGAUUCGCUUAUUAUGUGCCAUUACAGCAGAGUUUCUCUCACACACUUCAAAAUGGCCAACUGUUACAGACGAUUAUUGACAAUAUUCAAUGUUUAGAAAGUCGGGUCGCUCAAGAUAAAGAUCUACUUCUAUCCAAUCGACAAUCUCAUUUUAUACGAACAAAACUUCAACGACAGACAAAUCCAAACACCUUGUUAUUGAAGUUGUAUACAGAUGGAAUCUCUAUUACGAAUCCAAUAGGUCCCAGUAAAGACUGUCAUAAAUUGACAUGUUUUUAUUAUCUACUGGAUGAUCUUCCUGAAGUUAUUCGAUCACAGGUCAAUUCCAUAGGAUUACAUUGUAUUUGCUAUACAAAACAUUUGAAUACUGAUAAAGGUAGAGAAAUCUUGAUGAAUGUUCUUGUCGAAGACCUGAAUAGACUUCAAAAGGAUGGUGUUACUAUUCCUUGUCUCUCAAGUAGAAUUUAUUUCGCUUUUUCGUUUAUUUGUGGGGACAACUUGGCAUCAAAUGAAAUCGGUGGUUUUCAAAAAACUUUCAGUUCAGGAAGUUUUUGCCGGCAUUGUUUUAUUACCUAUGAACAAAAACAUAUUCCAUUAAGUGACAUAUCUUUUCUACCUCGUACUCCUUCAAGGCAUGAUAUGAUUGUUAAUCAAGUUGCAAUGAAUAAUGAUGAUCGAAUUAUACAAGGAGUAAGAGGGCUCAGUUGGUUUAAUGAACUAAUUGGCUUUCAUGCAACCGAGUCACUGCCACCUGAUCUUAUGCAUGAUUUUCAAGAAGGUGUUUUACUAAAAGAAAUUAUUCAGCAACGCCUCUUGACCUAUGCGGAAAUUGAGGAACGAAUAUCAUCUUUUACUUAUGGGUUCUAUGAUACAUCGAAUAAACCUCCUUCUGUUAAAAAACAAAACAUCAAAUAUUCGAAUAUUGCUGGUUCAGCAUCGCAAAGGUUAUGUUUGUUUCGUCUAUUCCCAUUAAUAUUUCAUGAAUACAUAGAUGACUUAUCUUUAUUUCCUGUUUUCACAUUGUUACGUGAAAUUCUAUCUUAUGUCUAUGCUAAUCCUAUUAGAAAUUCAUGGUUACCAUAUUUGGAUGGGCUAUGUAAGGAAUUUUAUUCGUUGAUGAUCGAACUUCUGCCUGACUACGUAACACCAAAAUGUCAUUUCAUCACGGAAUAUGCAAGAUCUAUUGAAAAACACGGACUACCUAUACUGAAUUCUUGCAUUCGUUUCGAAUCUAAGCAUCAAUACUUUAAACAACUUGCUAAUCGAUCGUUCAACUUUCGAAAUCCUUUACUCACUCUGAUGAAACGUCCUCAAUUUCGUCAUUGCAUGCUGAAUACAGCACAAUUGUCUGCUUAUUCUUGUUUAACCAUGAUUCGGUCAUCCAAAACAAUUGAUUUUUCUAAGUUGUCCAUUGGUGUGCAACGUUUAUUAGCUGAUUAUACUGAGGAAGUAGAUUCAAUAUGCGAAUGUACAUCAAUCGAUUAUCAUCAUGUUAAUAUAAGACCUAAAUCUAUCAUGAUUCAUCGUUUAAUGCAUGUUGAAGAGAUUCCUAUCUUCUGUCAAGUCCAUCAUAUUUUCAAUAUUGCAGGAAGAUACGAGGAUAUUGAUGGUGCAACACUAGCUUUGUUUGAACAAAAUGAUAUCAAUCAAAUCUUUCCACGAAUAAAAGAUCGUGUCAAAUUCACACAUGAACGUGCCAAACUAAUUGCAAGUCUUAAUGAACGACAGGAACGUCAAGAUGCACUGGUAAUUGAUACAUUCGAUUCUGAACCAAUACGCCUUCGAUCGUAUUCUGGAUCAGAUAACAAUGAUACGCAUAAUUCACUGAAUGAAAAUGAAAAUAUCACAGAUAAUAAUGACCAAUCAUCUGUAAACUCAAAUUCUUCACCUAAUGAUCAUGAAGAUAUGAAUACUCGUGGUCUACUACCGCAUGAAUAUGAAGGACCAGAAUUGACAGAUAGAAUGAAAGAAUAUGUUGAUCGGAGUGAUUUCUCAAAAUCCAAUCCACAUACAAAAAUGCGUGGAGACUUGUUAAGUUUGCUUUUUGAAGAUGUUACAAAAUCUCAUCAAUUACUCUAUCCUAGUAAUGAUGAAUAUCUUACAAUGGCAAAAUGUUUGGUAAAGAAACUUCGUAUUCCUUCAGCUAUGCAACGUAGUUCAGUUAAAGAUUGGCACGAGUCAAUAAAACAAAAGUUCAAACGUGAACGUAAACCUUUACAAAUUAGCAGUGAAUUAGUUAAACGAAAGCAACAAAUUUAUGGCAAUGGAAAAACUAACGGGAGACCAAAGAAAAAAAGUGCCAUUUCACAAGCUGAACGUCGUACACUCGAUAUACCACUUAUCAAUUUAGCUGAUCGAGAGAAUCAAAACUUGCUGGACAUUGUUAAUCAGAUGAAAAUACAAUUGCAGCAAGAUGAUCUCGAUGAUGAUCUGCUUCGUAAUCUUUGGAAACAAUCAUUCAACAUACGUCGUCUAUGUAUACGUGAAUUAGCAAUAGAUGAAAUAUUAGAACGUUUUCCAGGAUAUCGUUGCUCAAAGUUGAUCUUGGCUGAAGUUAAAGACACCAGUGGAGUUGAUAUCGAAGAGAAUGUUAAUGUUUUGUUACCAACGCUUUUUGAUCAUAUACCUGAUAACGAUCAUUUUCUAUCAGAUGCUUUACCUAUUCGAACAAUUCGUACUCUUUGCAAAUUCUUUGGUGAUUCACUUGGUAAUGUGUUAACACAUCAGGAAGUCCUUACACCUUACCCAUGCAUAAAGGUGCUCGAUGAUAAAUUCGAAAUUUAUCUCGAUUUCUGUCUGGUAACACAAACCAAUUCGUGCUCGACAGCUCUGGCGCUUCUAAUGUCAUUGUAUUACGUUUUUGAAGUUCAAUUUGGCCAUCACAAUCGAUGUUCUCGUUUACUUUAUGGUGUUUUAUUCGAAGAUUCUCACUAUCUUAAUAAAGGACUGAAAACUACGAUCAACAGUUGGAAAUACAAAAUUGUUAAUCAUUCAUUUAUCAAACGAAAAGCGGUGGUUACAAAUCUGGUAGAAAACUUGAUUCAACCACCGACUACGAUUAAACAUGUUUCAUCGACAGCUAAUGUCCCGAAUGAAGCUAUCAAUGAAUCACCUGAACAAUUUGAUCCCGGACAGUCGAAUUCAUCUUGUUUCAAUGGUAACACAUCAACAGAUCUUGACAAAGAAAACAUAAACGAAGAUGAAGCUGAACGUGAAUCUGAUCAAUCAUUAGUUAUUGAUGAAAGUAGUUUUCAUCAUACUUCACCUAUAAAUCGUCCCAUUCUUGCCUCAAAAUCAAAUUUAUCAAUUAUUAUGGAAACAGCAUCCGCAGCACCAAUCGAUAUUGCAGAUACUUAUUUUAACUCAAAUUCCCAAAAGAUUCAUCAAGUUAAUGCAUCUCAAAUGUCAUCAUUAGCUCAAGAAUCUCAACUCUCAACUGUUUUCGAAGAAAAUCAACACAAAUCUUCUUCAUCUAUAACUAGAAAACGUAAAGGAAAUCCGGCAUCGACUUCAUCGAUCACCGCAGUAAAAUCCUCUGAACGACUUGCAAUUAAACGUAGUCGUCGGAACUGA